GAGAGAGGCAGGAGAUGGAGAUAGAAGCAGGGUAUUCCUGCACGGUGUCGUUCUGCGUGGGUUUGAAGAAGACCUUCAGCUGGAGAGAUCUGAGAGACCCUUGUUCAUGAUGCGUGACUCGUCUGAAGCUGUAGCGUGAGAUGCACCUUCCUCUCUAGAACGAAGGCAUGGUCGAUUUGUGUGUCUUGCGUUUAUUGACAUCCCCGACUGGUUGACGCACUGAUCACCGGAGGCGUGAUGGAUGGACUCCAUGUGGGGACACUGGGAUCUCUCUCUGUGGACUUGCUGUAAACGCUUCCAUUGGUCCAUGUGGCAUGUAGACUGACUCUUCAGUUCGACUCUACGGUCUGUCAGCAUCUCCUCCACACAUACACACACACCGUGGAGCAGGUUGGUGAAACAAUGUGCCUUGAUCUGAGAUUAACAGAUCUGCAUGUCUCCCAGAUGUAAUUUUACUCUUUGUCGUCCUUGAAGGAAUCUUCGAGCAUCUCGUGCAUUGUCAUUAUUUUUUGCCUCUGAAUAUCUGCCUCUUGUUGAAUGUAGUCAAUGGAAUCGGGAGCAUGCUUUUCAUGCAGGUGUGGAGAGGUGGGCACAUGUCUGCAUGCUUAAAAUAGGUGUGAGAAGACCAGAGACGAGCAAUGUGAAGAGAAUGAAGUCUGGGAUGAAAUGUGAACGAGUGAAAGAGAGCAAUUACAUUUGCUAAUUUCCCCCCCACUUUAAAGAAGAAGAUUGUCUUGUUUUUGACAAACUUGCCUGAAUUUUUUAUCGUUAAAUUCUGUGGAAACCACUGAACUAGUGAAGUACAAGAUUAUUUGAUUCUUUAAAUUCAUUUUCUGUCCUUGAUCUGUUGAGUAAAUUCUGGACCACAUGAACCGCACCGGGACGUCACAGUCAAAAACCACCUACCUUAUCUCCCUCACCUUGGUAAAGGUAGAAACUGCUGAGGAAAAUGAGUUGGAGAAGUCCAGGCCGGCUGUGGAGGGAGCCGUGUACAAUACUGAUGGUGCAAAACAUCUCAAGCACCCUGGAUCCAAUAAUGAGGGUGAGGAACGCCAGAAAAUGGGUGAGGCUGUUGAGGCAGGAGAAUCUAUCAAAUUCUCUGUGGAACAGGAAAUACUCCAAAGCCCGAGGGAAGACAAGGCACUUUUUGCAGAUGGUGUUCAGUGUGGUGAUAGACAAAAAUCAAUGAUCUCACCCACCACAGAAAACGGAAGAGCCAGAGAAUCCAGUGGAGUCCCCCAAACCUCUUAUCCCAGGGAUGUUGCCAGACAUCUAGGUGACAUCCCAGUUCGUGCCACCCAGCGGCCUGUGUCUCUACUUAAAACCCAUGGUGGAGGCCGUGAACUGAAGGAGUGCAGAGAGAACAUCCAUGCCUCUUCCAAGAGCCUUGACCGUAAGGACAGCCGAACAAGGAUCCAGUCCCCAACCAGCCCAACUCCCGGAUCUUUCCGUGCAUCGUGGGCUGUAAGCGAGGUGAAACCUUGUGAUGAUGACCUUAAAGUAGUAGGUGUCGGGAUGAAGAGGCCGACUGAAGGGGACAUCAUAGCCAUGCGAACCCAAAGCCCUCGAGCUGAGAGAUUAAAAGCGGGAUCUACAUCUCUUCCGACCCCUGUCGCCUUGAUUACCAAGCCUCAACGCAAAGGAAAGAGUCGCACACUGGAUAAUAGUGACCUGAACUGUCUGUCUGAGGACCUCCUGAAGUGCAAAGGUGGCCAAAUGGUGCCUGAUUAUAGAACAGCUCAGUCCCAGGGGGCUUCAGCACGUGAUCGCAAGAUGUUAAGAUUUAUUAGUGGCAUUUUUACCAAGAGCACUCCAGUUGCAGUCAGCACAACCAUUGUGACCCCGGUUUAUAGCCUUCAGAGGGAAUCCAGUGAAGAGGAAGCAUCAUGCGCCAAUAGCCAGGAAUGGACUCUAACUCGCACUAUUCCAGAACUGCGAUUGGGGGUUCUGGGUAGCAUUCGCAGUGGAAAAUCUGCUCUGGUUAACAGGUUCAUCACAGGAAGUUACCUUCCACUUGAAUCUCAUGAGGGGGGAAGAUACAAAAAAGAAGUGUUGGUGGAGGGACAGAGUCAGUUAUUGCUGAUUCGAGAGGAAUCUGGUCCACCAAGUGCACAGCUCUGCAACUGGCUGGACGGCCUCAUCCUGGUGUUCAGUCUUGAAAAUGAAGCGAGUUUCCAGGAGGUCUACAAGAACUACAGUGAGCUCAGUGCACAUCGCAACAUUGCAGAAAUACCCAUUAUAGCAGUCGGAACACAAGAUAAGAUUAGUAGCACUAAUGCCCGUGUGAUCGAGGACAAGAGAGUCCAGCAGCUGUGUAUAGAUGUGCGUCGCUGCACUUAUUACGAGACCUGCGCCACAUAUGGACUUAAUGUGGACCGAGUGUUUAAUGAAAUGACUCAAAAGAUUGUGGCUGCCAAGAAGCAAGCGGCUCUUCUGGCCUCCUGUAAAUCUCUUCCCAACUCUCCGAGUCACUCAGGGGCCUCCACUCCGGUUUCAGGGCCCGGACAGGCCAGUAACGGGGCUCAGAGUAGUGACUACCCCCCGUCUCUGCCUUCUACCCCUGUGAUUAGUCACAAAGACAUACGGGGUGGAGCGAGUGGAGACGGGGUCACACAGCGAAACCCGCCCCGCCGACGAACAUCUUUAUUUGCGAACCGGCGUGGCAGUGACUCUGAGAAAAGAUCUUCAGAUAGCAGAAGUGAAAUGAGCAGCCGAUCGGUCCCUAUCAAACAGGGCACUUUGUGGAAACGCAGCGAGCGCUCUUUAAAUAAGGAGUGGAAGAAGAAGUAUGUGACGCUGUCAAACAGCGGCAUGCUGACGUAUCAUUCAAAUAUAAAUGAGUUUCUACAGAAUGCUCAAGGGAAAGAGAUGGACUUGCUGCGGGUGACGGUAAAGGUCCCGGGGAAGCGUCUUCAUCGCGCUGCGGCUCCUGGAGCUCCGUCUCCUGGUCCAGCUCUCAUCCCUGUGCCCGGUGUCAAUGGACUGAGUAAAGACAAGCAGACUUCUGAAGGGGGCGCUGCAUCAAAUCUUCUGACUGUAGAAGAGGCAUCGAGAGCUGGUUUGCCAUUUCCUAAUGAUCAGAAGGUGAAACGCUGCCCAUCUUCUGUGUCUAAUAAAGGCUUCAGUGUGGACUCAAGCAUUGAGGGAGCCACAAGUCCUCCUUUAGGAAAGGAGCACAUGCCGUCUUCUCCAAUGACUGACCGGAAGAAGAAGAAGCGAAACCGAAGUAUUAAUCUGAAAGGAGACGCAGCGGCCGGUCAGGCUGAAGCCAAGCGCAAAAUGUGGAAAUUAAAAAGCUUUGGUAGCUUGAGAAACAUUAACAAAACAGAGGAGGAAAGCGUGGACUUCAUCAUCAUCUCCAGCACUGGACAGAGCUGGCAUUUUGAAGCUCAGAGUCAGGAGGACAGAGACGCCUGGGUUCAGGCCAUUGAGAGUCAGAUUCUGGCCAGCCUGCAGAGCUGCGAGAGCAGAAAUAAGGCUCGAAGGAACAGCCAAAGUGAAGCUGUUGCCCUGCAGGCCAUUCGAAACGCCAAAGGGAACGACCUCUGUGUGGACUGUGCAGCACCAAAUCCAACAUGGGCAAGUCUUAAUCUGGGCGCUCUAAUCUGCAUUGAGUGUUCGGGGAUACAUCGAAACCUGGGCACGCACCUGUCCCGUGUGCGCUCGCUAGACUUGGACGUCUGGCCCAGUGAGCUCACUAAAGUGCUUUCGGCAAUAGGAAACCACAUGGCCAACCAUAUAUGGGAGACUUGUACCCAAGGGUGCCAGAAGUUGACGCCUGAAGCAACAAGAGAACAGAGGGAGUCGUGGAUCCGUGCCAAAUAUGAACAGCGGGCGUUUGUGUCGCCCUUGCCUGCUCAGUGUUCAGAGGACACGAUGUCCACUUGGUUGCUUAAAGCGGUCAUCAACAGGGAUCUUCCCAAUCUUCUGCUGCUCCUCGCUCACAGCACCAAGGAGCUGAUCAACAUCCCGCCGGAAGGAGCAGGACAGCAGCAUCACAGCGCCUUACAUGCGGCCUGCCAGCUGGGAGACGUGGUCAUGACACAGCUGCUGGUCUGGUACGGCAGUGAUGUGAAGUCGAAGGAUCCUCAAGGUAGAACCGCUCUGACAUUGGCGCGCCAAGCAGGGAGCAAAGAGUGUGCAGAGAUUCUCGUCCAACACGGCUGUCCCAGCGAGACUUCGCCCACCUCUCCGACUCCUGUUCUGUCCCGCAAAAGUAGCAUUACGAGUGUCGGACGAGUCAAUUCCAGGAGGAGAGUCUCCUAACCCCUGAACAUUCAUCAUAUACAAACAUUUUCUCCAAGGCCAUUUUUACUUCCUCAUACACAGUUGUGUGUUCCGUACGUCUGUGAAUUUCCAUCCCAGGAAAACACCAACAGUGCUGUAUUAUACUGUACGUACAUCCUUGCAGAUAAAAUAAGAAAGAAAAAAAAGAAGAAUUCAUUGUCCAUGUUAGAACAGGCUUAGAAUGACGGCAACACAAUUUCAACUUGCCUUUUUAAAAGAAAAAUGGAAACUGUUUUAACAACUAAAAAGCAAUAUUAUUUAUAAUAUGCUGAUAAAUAUACUGUAAUAUAGAUGCAUUACAUGGUAAAAAAAUGUAGCUUGAGAGUUUCCCAAAGCAAACCGAGGGAAUGUAUUUACCAUUAUGACUGUCAUUACCAUUGUUCUUUGAAAUAGACAUCAUGGCUGAGGGUAAUGUACUGUAAGAUCAUGUUUAUAUCCAGAAGAAAUAGUAUUUGUCAUUGUGAAUCAUUUUUAAGCACCAUAGACAAUAAACGCUGAUCUUCAACCUCUUUUUCGGCA